CAGCCCGAAGCCCCUGAGCCCGGUACCCUUCCCACUGCCGUGAGUACCUCUCCCCGAUGGGUACCAGCUGCUCUGUGAGGCCGCUGUGGCUUCUGACGCCACUGCUGCUGUUGCUGUUACUGUGCCACAUGGGCGCCCGUGCCCAGGAUGAGGACGCCGAGUACGAAGAGCUGAUGCUAGCUCUCAGGUCCCAGGAGGAUGGCUUGGCCGAAGAGGAGGCCCCGCAUGUGGCCACCGCCCCCUUCCACCGUUGCUCCAAGGAGGCCUGGAGGCUGCCAGGCACCUACAUAGUAGUGCUGAUAGAUGGGGCCCAGCGGCUGCAGAUUGAACAAACCAUCCAUCGCCUGCAGACCCAAGCUGCCCGCCGAGGCUAUGUCAUCAAGGUUCUGGAUAUCUUCUACGACAUCUUGCCUGGCUUCGUGGUGAAGAUGAGCAGUGACCUAUUGGACCUGGCCCUGAAGUUGCCCCACGUGAAGUACAUCGAGGAAGACUCCCUUGUCUUCGGCCAGAGCAUCCCCUGGAACCUGGAUCGGAUUAUCCCAGCAGGGCGCCAGGCACAGGAAUACAGCUCCUCCAAUGGAAGUGGCCAGGUAGAGGUGUAUCUCUUAGAUACCAGCAUCCAGAGUGACCAUCGGGAAAUUGAGGGCAGGGUCACCAUCACUGACUUCAACAGUGUGCCUGAGGAGGAUGGGACACGCUUCCACAGGCAGGCAAGCAAGUGUGACAGCCAUGGCACCCAUCUGGCAGGCGUGGUCAGCGGCCGGGAUGCUGGUGUGGCCAAGGGCACCAUCCUGCACAGUCUGCGUGUGCUCAACUGUCAAGGGAAAGGCACGGUCAGCGGCACCCUCAUAGGCCUGGAGUUCAUUUGGAAAAGCCAGCUAAUCCAGCCUUCAGGGCCACUAGUGGUGCUGCUGCCCCUGGCGGGCAGGUAUAGCCGGAUCCUCAACACUGCCUGCCAGCACCUGGCAAGCAAUGGAGUGGUGUUGGUUGCUGCAGCUGGCAACUUCCGGGAUGAUGCCUGCCUCUACUCCCCAGCUUCUGCUCCAGAGGUCAUCACAGUUGGGGCCACCGAUGUCCAGGACCAGCCAGUCACCCUGGGGACUUUGGGGACCAACUUUGGACGCUGUGUGGACCUCUUUGCUCCUGGGAAAGACAUCAUUGGUGCCUCCAGUGACUGUAGCACAUGCUUCAUGUCACAGAGUGGGACAUCGCAGGCCGCUGCUCAUGUGGCUGGCAUUGUAGUCACGAUGCUGACUCUGGAGCCGGAGCUCACCUUGGCUGAGCUGCGGCAGAGGCUGAUCCACUUCUCUACCAAAGAUGUCAUCAACAUGGCCUGGUUCCCUGAGGACCAGCGGGUGCUGACCCCCAACCUGGUGGCCACAAUGCCCCCCAAAACUCAUGGGACAGGUGGGCAGCUGCUCUGCAGGACAGUGUGGUCGGCACACUCGGGGCCCACAAGGACAGCUACUGCUACAGCCCGCUGCGCCCCAGGAGAGGAGCUGCUGAGUUGUUCCAGCUUCUCCAGGAGUGGGAGGCGAAGGGGUGAUCGGAUUGAGGCCAUAGGGGGGCAGCAGGUCUGCAAGGCCUUCAAUGCAUUUGGGGGUGAAGGUGUCUACGCUGUCGCUAGGUGCUGCCUGCUUCCUCGUGCCAACUGUAGCACCCACACCACUCCUGCAGCCAGAACUAGCCUGGGGACCCAUGUCCACUGCCACCAGAAGGACCAUGUCCUGACAGGCUGCAGCUUUCACUGGGAGGUGGAAGGCAUUGGUGUCCAACGGUGGGCUGUGCUGAGGUCCAGACAUCAGCCUGGUCAAUGCAUUGGCCACCGGGAGGCCAGCGCCCAUGCUUCCUGCUGCCAUGCCCCAGGCCUGGAUUGCAAAAUCAAGGAGCAUGGGAUCUCAGGUCCUGCAGAGCAGGUCACCGUGGCCUGUGAGGCAGGCUGGACCCUGACUGGAUGCAACGUCCUCCCUGGGGCAUUCAUGACUCUGGGGGCCUACGCCGUGGACAACAUGUGUGUGGCAAGAAGCUGUGCCACUGACACAGCAGGCAGGACCAGUGAGGAAGCCAUAGUAGCUGCUGCCAUCUGCUGCCGGAGCCGGCCUUCAGCAAAGGCCUCCUAGGCUCACCAGUGACAGUCUCAGGCAGGGAUGGUGCCUGUGGCUGGGUUCAGAUAUACCCGCCUGGCUCCUGUAGCUGGCCAUGGUGGAGAGAAUCUGCCUGGGAGAACUUGAUGUCUCAUCCUGGAUACCCCUUCCCGGUGUAUGUGUAGGGAGCCCCUCACUCGUGGUGGGGCCUGUGCUUGGCACUCUGCCAACAAGGAGAUGGUCGCCUCUAGCCAGCUGCUCUUGUGGGCACUUGCUGCAAAGGGUAGCAUUCAGUCCUCAGGCCUCCAGGGUAUAUUUGUCCUGUAGGAAGGUGAUAAGGGAGACCCUCGCAGGUUCAGAGACCAAGUGCCAGACUCAGUAAUGGAGUGUGAAAGCUGCUGAGACCCCUCACAGCCUGCUCACACUGGAGACACUACUUUGGGCUCCCUGGUUAAAUUCAGAUCAGUUCUGCACACCUCUAGGGGUGGUGAUGAUCUAGCCAGGGGUGGAUCCGACUACGAGGUCAUGCCUGCAUCUUUCAGGUGUCCUCAUCUGUUGCACCCCAGGCUUUGUGUGGCCUUGCUCAGGGUAACUGGCUGUGAGUUCCCAGCUGACUUCGCACUUGAGAGCCACACAGUGCUUCUCCCACCUCACCCCAGCCCCUCUACCUCCCUGCACAGUGAAGACUGGCAGCUUCACUUUAUGGAGGAAGGAGACAGGACCAGGGGUGAGUGCCCAGUGAUGUCACACAGCCAGUGGUCUUAGGACAUAAAUCCAGAGUGGCUGGCUCUGAAGCCAUGCCUCUUGGCAGUACCAGGCCGGGCACCCUUUCUGAAACAAAUGAGACAGAGGACAGUCUAUGCCUCAGCAGCUUGUUCCUGGACCACUCCUUAGUGCACCCUUCCCAUGGUUACCUUAGCCCCACUCACAUGGACUGUGUGGAGAAUGGAGGAGUGACAGAGGGCUGACUGUAUUGAGGCCACACAGGCUGACAACACCUCUAUCCUUUGGGCUUCUGCUUUCUUAUAAUAAGCUUUCCCAACUUGUAUUGCUUUUGUAACUUGAUAUUUAUUCUGGGUUUUGUAGUGUUUUUAUUAUGUAGUGAGUUUUUAGAAUAAAAGCAGCUGUGAUUGCCUGCACCUGA